GGAGCUGCUUUCUGCAUGGCUCACUUGACGUUUGGCCUCUUCUCUCCCUGUGCAGGAACGGAUGUCGUCAUUGUCAAAAGCGGCAGAAGAAUAUGCGGCACAGGGGGCUGUUUAGCCAACGCACCUUUGCAUCAGAAUAAGAGCUAUUUUGAAUUUAAAAUCCAGUCCACAGGGAUUUGGGGUAUUGGCGUUGCAACCCAAAAAGCAAACUUGAAUCAAAUUCCACUUGGCCGAGAUGUGCAUAGUCUGGUGAUGAGGAACGAUGGAGCUCUCUACCACAACAAUGAGGAGAAGAACAGGCUGCCAGCAAACAGCCUUCCACAGGAGGGUGAUGUUGUAGGUAUUACAUAUGACCAUGUAGAAUUAAAUGUAUAUUUAAAUGGAAAAAAUAUGCAUUGUCCAGCUUCAGGAAUCAGAGGGACUGUAUAUCCUGUGGUAUAUGUGGAUGACAGUGCUAUUUUGGAUUGUCAGUUCAGCGAAUUCUAUCACACUCCACCACCAGGGUUUGAAAAGAUACUCUUUGAACAGCAGAUCUUCUGAAUGUCUUCAUCCUGAAAGUUUGCACCCUGCACUGUUAGACAGCAUUUGCUAUCUUAAAUAAAGCUUCACAUUACCUGUAGGAAACACAUCUGUAUUUUUAGUAAGUACUGUUAUAGUUGUCAGCAGAACCAGUAUGUUACUUGCAACACCAGAGAAUUGUUGCAAAUGCUAGUUUUGUUUUCUUUUUACAAUGUUUUGUGAUGUGAGAAGGUGUUUGGGAGCAACUUUUUUCUGAUUUGUUUGUUGUAACUGGAAACCAAGGGGCAAAAGUGACACAGUAUUAAAUGAAUUUUUGAAUUCAAUUUGUGCUUUGUAAAACAAAUGAUUCUUAUACAUGAAAGUGUUUCCUCAAAGCUUGGGUUUGUAGUUCUGUUGUGAUUUUUUUUCCAAUCCCUUUCUAGCUAGAAGUUACGUAAUUUGUCAAAAAAAAAAUCAACACUGCUAAUAGUCUCUCAUUUUGGAUUGCAGUGUCCUUGUUGAACACAAUGACUAAUGGUAUGACUACGUAACUGGCAGCUAGAAUUUUUUUUGAAACAGGUAAUUUACCCAUUUUUGGUUCUUUUAAACAGCUAAGUUUCAUAAUUUAUAUAAUUUUCCUUGCUAUUCAUUUGCUUUGUAUAUGAUAAGUAAUAGAACACAUUUUAAUAAUAGAGCAAGUGUUAUUUUGUUGACUGUUUAAAAACAACCCUGAACACUAGAAGAUGUAUUUAUAAAGACCAUCAUGCUGUGUUUCUAUGGUGGUAGAAUAGGUACAGAUUGAUUAACCUUAAUGUAUACAGUGGCAGACAAAGUAUGUUGGAUAUUAUGAUGAAGCUUUACAUCAAAACUGUAAAUCAGAUUAUUCUUUUAUGGAAUAUUUUAUUUAAUUUUUUUUUUCCUGAAGUUAGGAAUAUAAUGGUUGAGAGGCUGUUCUGAAAUAUGAUGACUAUAAAGAUGAAAGUUCAGAUGGCUUUUUCUCUUGUCAUGUAUUCAGUGUACUUUCUAGUAAUUUUUUGUAAAGAAAAUCUUUCUACAGUA